AUGAUAUUCUCAAUCCCUCUAUUUCUCAACCUCAUUGCCGGCUCCUUAGCGCUGUCUCUGUUAUACAAAUUCAUAAAGUCUCAGAAUGAGCGGCGAAUCGAUGAACAAUUUGCAGCAAAGCAUGGAUGCCAACCACUCAAGCUUUGGAAUGCAAAAUGGCCUCUGGGGCUUGACUUGCUCCUCAAAGCUUUCGAGUACGAUCGCAGGCAACAGAUUCUGCAAUUCUUUCUAGACGUAGUGUCUCAGUCGGGAAAUACCUUUGAGCAGAAGCUCCUAUUUGCUCGAGGCAUUGAUACAAUUGAGCCCCAAAAUAUCGAGGCUAUCCUUUCAUCGCAAUUUUCUGACUUUGAUCUCGGGCUACGACCGGUGCAUUUCGACCCUUUAAUGGGUAGCGGUAUUUUUACGCAAGAUGGGGAACAGUGGCAGCACUCACGCGAACUUUUACGACCACAAUUCAUGAGUAAUAGGAUGGAAAACUUCGAACAGGUUAAAUCUGCUGUAGAUGCCCUUAUCGACUGCGUCCCUGAAGAUGGAGUUGUGGAUCUACAGCCGCUCUUCUUUCGUCUCACCUUUGAGACCACCCUCUUCCUGCUCUUUGGAAAGCAUCUGCCAAGUCUGAAGUCCGAAGGAAUAACAGGCCGAGAAUCCGAAUUUGCAGACGCUUUUAACCGAGGCCAGGACUACCUUGCGCAGCGAGGACGUCUAGGCGAUUUUCAUUGGGUCAUAGGCGGAAAAGACUUUCGGAGAGUCUGUAAAAUCUGCCACGAUUUCGUGGAUGGUGCUGUCCAGAAGGCUUUGGGUCGGUAUGACCCGUCGAAGUCGACCGAUUCAACUGGAUCGUACACUUUCGUCGAUGCUAUUAUCGAAAAAACCAGAAACCCAAAAGUUUUGAGAGACCAAUGUCUGAAUAUCCUUCUGGCUGGAAGAGACACAACAGCGUGCUGCCUCACAUGGACACUACGCCUGCUUGUUCAACACCCUGAAGUUCUUUCCAAGCUUCGGCGCGAAAUCGAAAAUUCGGUUGGAGUUGGCUCAGAAGCAUCCGACCCCGUACUCAGUCAAGUGAAGAAGUUACCGUAUCUAUCGAUCGUGAUCAAAGAAGUUCUCCGAUUAUAUCCAUCCGUUCCCGUGAACUCACGUGCAGCUACGAAGACAACUACUCUUCCCACCGGAGGAGGUCCUGAUGGAACAGCUCCAAUCCUAGUACGAAAAGGCGAAGCAGUCGGAUAUUGUGUCUAUGCCAUGCACCGUCGAAAAGACCUUUUCGGGUCCGAUGCCGAUUAUUUCCGCCCUGAACGCUGGGAGAAUGACGCUCUGAAAGAUGUGGGGUGGGGCUAUUUGCCUUUCAACAGGGGUCCACGGGUGUGUUUGGGUCAGCAAUUUGCCGAGCUGGAGGCUGCAUACACUGUCGUCCGGUUGCUACAGAAGUUUGAAACAAUUGAAAUGACAGAGGAUAAGCCAUUUAACAUGCCAGUGGGUCAAGAAAAACAGGUUCUCACCUUGGUUGUGUCAAGCGGGGAUGGUUGCUGGGUUAAGAUGAAAAAGUUUGAUAUUUGA